CCAUAAUUCAAUCUUUUAUUUAAUUUUUAAUAAACCAAAAAAAAUAAGAAGUCGUUUAGGAUAUCAUUUUAUACAAUAUUAAUAAAUAUAAGCUAAAUAGUUAGAUUAAAAAUUUUAAAAUAUUACUCAAAGAAGGAAUUAUAAUUUUAUUAAGUUGAAUCUAUUCAAAUGUCAGAGUAUUACAUUAACAACUUCCAUAUUUAGUUAAAUAAUGAUCCCUAGGUACUAUAAGAUAUAAACAAAGUUUACUUAUACAUUUAGAAAUAGUCAAAGCAAAAUCUUAUAACUUCAACUCAAAUAAGGAAUAAUACAACUGUCUCUUUUUAUAAUGAAGAAGGCUUUAUCUUUCACGAGUAUGAUUUUUCUGAUAAUCCUAUCAGAGUAGAAAUACAUGAAUAUUUAAAUGACUAUUCUACUGAAAGUAAUUUUAAUGAAUAAGAAAGCGAGUUAUUCAAACGAGAUUCUCUUGUAGGAGUAACUUACUUGCAGUUAAAUGAAUAUUCAUCUUUGAUAUUUCACCCAGCUUUGACUGAUUAUUCUAUAGGGUAACUUUUGUACACAAUAAAGCCCUGUAACAUAGAUUUUAGCGCGUCUCCAAAUAAUUUAUCAGCAAAUACUUUGCAAGUUAAUGAUUCUUAAAAAAAAUAUAAACAGGGAGAUAAAUAAUUCAUAGCUUUAAAUAAUCAAGAACAAUAAAUUCUGUAUGAGUCUAUUUCUUCAAUAAGUUAAUAGGGAAAUGUCGAAAGUGAAUGUAUGAAUGAAUAACUUUAGAUUAUAGAGCCAGUAAGUUCUAAGUUAAACAACUAAUUACCAAGUUUAAAAAAUAAUAUGAUAUUUUUACAGCUACUCAAUUAACCUCCUCUAACAUAAUAAUAAGCGUUUAAUGAAGAAGAAUCUACUGAAACACCUACUUCUAAGCUUGUUUCAUCUUAAGGAGACUUAACUUCUAGCUCUCAGUACAUUCCUCAUUUAAUGUCUAAAUCCACACAUGUAUAAUCUUCUUAAAACGAGUAAAAAAAAGUUAAAUCCUUCAUCUCACCAAGCAAAAUAUUAAUACAUGAAAAAAAAAAUAAUUUUAAUGAGAUCCUAUCACCAAUAUGUACAAAAAAUAAAAAUAUAUAAUUUGAUUAAGAGUUAAGUAAUAAUACUCCCAAUAAUGAAAAAAAUUUAAAUAAAGAAUAUAAUAACCAAUAGUAAAAUACUUAGUAAAUUUAAGUACAGUAAAAUAUUGUAAAUAAUCCUUAACAAAUUUAAAACUUUACUUAAUACUUAGCUUUCCAAUAAAAUCAAAAUAAUUCUAUUCACUAAUACAAUAGAUUUUAAACUUUUAAUUAGUUUAAUAAUGCACCAAUAUAUACUCCACCUGCAUAGUAAUAAAUUAAUAGAAAUUUAUAGCAGGUUCAAAUAAACUCUACUCCAUACUCGAAUGGAUAUUAAAAUAUAAUACAAACAAUCCCUAACUAAUAAAAUAAUUUUAUUUAUAAAAACAUCAACAUGACUAUGAGUACUCCUUAGCACAGAAUAAUUUCAUAGUAACCUAUUCCUCAGCAUAUUUAAAGUCCUUAAAUAUCUGUUUUUAGAGGACCAGGAAUGCAAUCAACUCCUUUGUAAUUUAAAACAUCUCCAUUCACUAUUAAUCAAAGAUUUUGA